UAAAUCCAGCUGAGCCAAUCGCAGCAGGCGAAGAUGCGGAGUAAAGUUGAGGGGUUUGCUAUUUACCCUCCCCCUUGAAAGUUUAUAUGAAAAAAGGAUCACAAGACAAGGCCGAUCACGUGGUCCACAACCGAAAGCAGCCAUUGGCCAAAACCACAGAGAAGGCGUUCUGACGGCGGCGGCGUGGGUUCGCUUGAGUGACACAAUUAUAACAAGUUUGAACUGGCGACUAGGGGGAAGUUUGAGAUAUUACUUAAUAACAAUUUACCGUUGAAUCCUGCAUUGUUCAUUCUGCAUGCAUUUUGGUGUACCUGCGACUCAUUUAUGUCGAGGACAAUGUGAAAAAGGGGGUGUUCAGAGGAAAUUAUUUUCCGUCUAUUCUUUUUUUUUUGCGUUUAGAUCUACGCAAAAAGGUGCUCGGCUUGCGGUGCGUAAAUAUUUUCGCUGGAGUUUUUUGUCUAUGAAAUCGUGCGGAGUGUCAGUGCCCGCUGUAGCUCGCGCUGCUGCUGCUGGUGAUGGUGGUGAUGAGGAAAAGAAAAUGGCGGCGGGAAAAGCGAGUGAAACCGAGGAGGACUUUCCGAAGCUUACGCCGCAAGAAAGGGAGCGCUUAGCCAGCGUAGACAGCACACUAUUUGGAUUUCAGAGGCUUCAUGAAGAUGGCGCCAGAACGAAGGCCUUGCUGUUAAAGGCUGUUCGCUGCUAUGACGUCUACAUCUUAAAAGCUGAAGGGAAAGUGGAGCCAGAGGUGUUUUGCCAGUUAGGUCACUUCAACCUUUUACUGGAAGAUUAUCCUAAAGCAUUAUCUGCAUACCAGAGAUACUACAGUUUACAGUCAGACUACUGGAAGAAUGCUGCCUUUUUAUAUGGCCUUGGUUUGGUUUACUUCCAUUACAAUGCUUUUCACUGGGCAGUGCAGCACACCCCCUCAGAUGCCCAUUCUGGACAGAGAAGGGCGAUUAAGGCAUUUCAGGAGGUGCUUUACAUUGACCCUAGUUUCUCAAGAACCAAGGAGAUCCAUCUGCGGCUUGGCCUGAUGUUUAAAGUCAACACAGACUACGAGUCAAGCCUCAAGCAUUUUCAGCUGGCAUUGAUUGACUCCACACCCUGCACUUUGUCCAAAGCUGAAAUUCAGUUCCACAUCGCUCAUGUAUAUGAAAUUCAGAAGAAAUACCGCAUCGCAAAGGAAGCUUACGAGAGUCUGUUACAAACAGAGAAUCUCCCUGUGCAGGUGAAGGCAACUACGCUCCAACAAUUAGGCUGGAUGCAUCACACGGUCGAACAGUUGGGAGAUAAAGCCAACAAGAACAGCUAUGCUAUUCGGUGUCUGCAGAAGUCCCUAGAAGCAGACCCCAAUUCGGGACAGUCUUGGUACUUCUUGGGCAGGUGCUACUCAAGUAUUGGGAAGGUCCAAGAUGCCUUCAUAUCUUACCGACAGUCUGUUGAUAAGUCUGAGGCUCAGUUGUGUAAUCUUCCGCAAGGUAGUUUACCAAGUAAAAGUAAAAUGCUCCCUAGUAUUGAGGAGGCAUGGAGCCUACCAAUCCCAGCAGAGCUCACCUCCAGACAGGGAGCGCUCAACACAACACAACAGCAGAACACCUGCAAAGCUUAUCAGAGCAAUGAAGGCCAGUCCCAAAUCCCAGGCCAGUCUCUUCCCCCUCAUAUGGUCUCUGGCCAGACUGAUGACCAGUCCGGCCCAGCCAAAAGGAAGAGGACUGCUAGUCCAGCCAGGAAUUCACCUGAUUCCUGGGCAAAUGUUCCAGGUCAUCAUCAAGUCCCCAACUGGAGUUUAACCCCACAGAAGCUUCAGCUUCUGGAACAGUUACGGACCAAUAGGGCUAAUCUGAAGCCAGUGCAGCUGCAGAUGCUGGAACAGUUGGAAAAGCAGCUCAGUCUAAUGCAACAGAAUCAGCAGAUGAGGCUGAAUGCUAUGGGUCAGAUACGACCCAGUGUGUCCAACGGUCCUAUAGCCGACCCCUCACUGCCUAUGGACUCUAAUUCCACAUCCUCCUCUCACCAUCCACACAUUGCUCUUUCCCGCACUCCAUCCGCCCACUCACGAUGCGCUGCUCAGCCAAUAGCCAAUGGACCUGUCCCUGCAAGCCCCGCCCCAUGCACGGCUGGAACCCUGGGUAACACAGAUACCGUCUCUGUGGGCAAUAAUCACCUCCCAGGAAUGGGGAGCAACAUAAACGUGCCUUACUUGCGGCAACACGCACUACCUCAUAACUGCACAACCCCCACCAGCAGCAGCAUGGAUGAUGAACCGUGGAAAAGCCAACACAUCAACUCCACUCAGGGGCUUCAGAAGAGUCCAGGUUCAUGUUCAGCAGGUCCUAAUGGCAAGCAGCCUUUCUCUUCCGCUGGGACUUCCCAGCCUACCCCGGCAGCCGGCACUGGCGUUCCAAAUCAGGUCGGAAAUUCGGCCACAGCCAGCGACACGUUAGCGCCGGAGGCCAGUUACAAUCACAUCCCCUCACCUUGCUCCUCUCACUCUGCUACCUCAGGUGGACAGCAAGGCAUGGUUCACACCCAAGAGAGCAAGCCUUCAGGAAAUGGGCAUUUCGCAGGGAUGCCUAACAGCACUGCCACUGCAGAAGGACUGCCUAAUCACGUCCAUCAGGGCCAGGCAGACGCUGCUGGGGCGAAACCCUGCUCACCAGGUGUACUUAGUUCAGACAAUCCUCAGCUCUCUGCCUUGUUGAUUGGAAAAGCCAAUGAUAGUAAUCAUAGUAAUUGCGGUGGAUUGACGGCUGCCGGCACAAAGGUUAACAACAUUCACCCAAGUCUGCACCCGGGGCUUAAGGCGCAGGAAAACUCGGUGGCCUCCUCCCCGUGCUCUGCCAUGUCCGCAGCCACACCCUCAUCCAAAUCUGCAGACCAUCACAGCACUCAGAACAGUGUUAACAGCCCCACGCUCAAUGGCAAAGGUCUGGAGGACUCUCAGAGCCCCUUGAAGGUGGCAUCUCCGCUGGUUUGUCAUAAACCCAUGCCUCCCUCGUUUGCCCCGUGGUCCUCUGUCUCCAUCUACCCCAGCUCCAGUGACGUGCUGAAAGCAUGCAGAAACCUGGGGAAGAAUGGUGUGUCCAGUAACAGCAUCUUGCUGGACAAGUGUCCCCCUCCACGGUUACCACCUGCACCCUUCCCUCCUCUGCCAAAGGACAAGCUCAAUCCUCCCACUCCUAGUAUUUAUUUGGAGAACAAGAGGGACGCUUUUUUUCCGCCUCUACACCAGUUCUGCACAAACGCAGCCAACCCCGUUACAGUGAUCCGUGGCUUGGCUGGAGCCCUCAAACUAGACCUAGGAUUGUUCUCUACCAAGACUCUGGUGGAGGCCAACCCAGAGCACCUGGUGGAGGUGAGGACUCAGUUAUCUCAGCCCACUGAUGAGAACUGGGAUGUGACGGGAAGCAGGAAGAUGUGGCGUUUUGAGAGCAGCCGGUCUCACACCACCAUCGCCAGAUACGCUCAAUACCAGGCCUCGUCUUUCCAGGAAUCGUUGCGGGAGGAAAAUGAAAAGAAAGGGCAGAAAGACCACUCAGACACAGAAUCUGCUCCAUCAGAAAAUGUGGUCCGCAGAAGAAGAGGUCCCUUUAAGCACAUCAAGUUUGGGACCAACAUUGACUUGUCAGAUGAGAAAAAGUGGAAGCUGCAGCUGGCUGAGUUAAGUAAGCUGCCUGCCUUCAUGCGGGUGGUGUCUGCAGGGAAUCUGCUCAGUCAUGUGGGCCACACCAUUCUCGGCAUGAACACAGUCCAGCUGUAUAUGAAGGUCCCAGGCAGCAGGACACCAGGUCAUCAAGAAAAUAACAACUUCUGCUCUGUGAACAUUAACAUCGGCCCUGGAGAUUGCGAAUGGUCUGCCGUUCCUGAGCCGUACUGGGGUGUCAUGAAUGACUUCUGUGAAAAGAAUAAUAUAAAUUACCUAAUGGGCUCAUGGUGGCCAAAUCUAGAGGAUUUGUGUGAGGCCAAUGUUCCAGUGUAUCGCUUUAUCCAGCGACCAGGUGAUCUGGUCUGGCUUAAUACAGGCUCUGUGCAUUGGGUUCAGGCUAUCGGCUGGUGCAACAACAUUGCCUGGAAUGUAGGACCACUAACUGUGCAUCAGUACAAGUCAGCUGUGGAACGCUAUGAGUGGAACAAACUCCAGAAUGUUAAAUCCAUUGUUCCCAUGAUUCACCUCUCUUGGAACAUGGCCAGGAACAUCAAAGUGUCAGACCACAAACUCUUUGAGAUGAUCAAGUACUGUUUGUUGAGGACACUAAAGCAGUGUCAGACGUUGAGGGAGGCGCUUAUAGCUGCUGGAAAAGAGCUAGUUUGGCAUGGAAGGACCAAGGACGAACCUGCUCACUACUGUAGCAUCUGUGAGGUGGAGGUCUUUGAUCUGCUGUUUGUCACCAGUGAGAGCAACUCACGUAAGACAUACGUGGUGCACUGCCAGGGCUGUGCUCAGAGAUGCAGCCCUAACCUUGAGAACUUUGUGGUUUUAGAGCAGUACAGAAUAGAGGACCUCAUGCAAGUGUAUGACCAAUUCACAUUAGCCCCACCCCUGCCCUCUUCCUCAACUUGACGUUAACAUUAACGGUUCCUCGGAUAACACCCUGGAACGCAACGCAUCUCUUUCUGAUAUUCAGGAGACCUGACCCAGUUCCACACCACUGGUUUCUGUAGCAAACCCCACAAGGCUGCUGGUUCUAAGCUGUUUGUCUAUGCAACCUUGCCAAGUAUGGAGUUUCGGCCCACUGGAGUGAAGUGGGAUCGUCUCCAUCUUCAGGACUGUUUCAGCUUGUUCAGCACCACUUCUCUUUGAAACACAAACUACAAAUAGACUAAUUGCUGAGGAAAAAUGGUUUUGUGUAUAUACCACAAAAGGCAAAAUCACUCAAAACUACUGACUCUUCCUUUUUCUUUUACUGUUGCUUUAAACCUCUUUUUUUGUUUUUGUUUCUUUUGUCUUUUUCUGUACUUCAUGUACGAGCUAAUACAUGAUUUUCUUUGAAUCUUAUUUCCUCUUUAAGUACUACCGUAGCUGGGCUUUUUUGUUCAACAUUUUCUUUAGGUAACAAAAAAGAAAUUUUGUAAUGUGAAUUUUUUUUUCCUUUUUAAAAAUGUUUUGUCUCUUUUUCUUAAGGAAAAAGUUAAGUUGGAGGGGGAUAGCCAAGUCACAAAGAAAAAUGGGUUGUGCACAGACUAAGGAAUAAACAUUAAUUUGUGUUUUUUGUGUUAUAUUUCUAAUCUUGUUGUAAAUUUACACUAUUUAUAAAUAUUUAUUGCUUGAAAAUAUUUGUUGAUGGAAUGCUGGUAUUUUAUUUUUUUUUCCAGAGUUCCUGCCAUUAAAUUUUAUGGAGUAAUGUCAUUUUGAACAUUUCUCUUUUUACAUUUUCUAUACAUGAAUAAAACUGCUUAGCGACCAUUGUACAGAAACAUGAAGAUUGAUAUGGUUUAUGGGUUACUAAUCAGAGUUGUCUUUGUAAUUAAAUGAUUCUUUUGUGAUGAAAUGCCUUGUCUCGUCCAUGAAUUAUAACAUGUAUACAAUUUGAAUAGACUUUUUCUUUUUUUAUUUGCAUAAGUCUUUGUUUGCUGACUGUGCUUUGAUAACAUAAAGAUCUUUCACUGGAUAUAUACUGAUUACUGAUGAUGUUACACACUCCAUUUCAUGUCAUGGUUGUCUUAAGUGCUAUUUUCUAUAUUGCCAUACUGCCAGGUUCAGAAAGUAUCUGUGACCUUUAUGCUGUCAGUAAUAGGCCUUAAAGGGAUAGUCCGCCUUAAAGGGAUAGUCCACCCAAAAAUGAA